AUUAGCGCAUUUUCAUCCAACCAUAACCGCAACGAUGUUCUUCCUAAAAGAAGAGACCAAGGUGAUCUCCAUGCACCCGUCCUAUUUCGGACCCAACAUGCGAGAGUACCUCAUCGGUCGACUCAACGAGGAGGAAGAGGGACGGUGCACAGGUGAUCACUUUGUGAUCUGUGUCAUGGACAUGGUUGAUAUUGGCGAGGGGCGGGUGAUGCCUGGAAUUGGAAUGGCGGAAUACACCAUCAGAUAUCGUGCGAUCAUCUGGAAGCCAUUCCGUGGCGAGACGGUCGAUGCCAUUGUUACUUCCGUUAAGCCCACGGGUAUCUUCACCCUGGCGGGCCCAUUGUCUGUCUUCAUUGCGCGAAAGAACAUCCCUUCCGAUAUCAAGUGGGAGCCCAACACCGUGCCGCCGCAAUACACCGAUCAUGCCGAUCAAGUGAUCGAGAAAGGAACCAGUUUGCGGUUGAAGAUCCUUGGUGUCAAGCCCGACGUGGCUGCCAUCAAUGCUAUUGGCACCAUCAAGGAGGAUUAUCUUGGACCUUUGUAAUGAGACACGAUUGCAACACAUACCCACCUUUUUCACCAAUACGAUAAUCUACCAUACUCUCCAUCGUUCC